AUGACUUUGACCUCUCACUCAUCUCCACGCAGAUUCCCUUCGUCGAGGUUUGUGGCUCUCGACCCAAAGCUGAAGGUAGAAGAGGAGGAACUACCCUCGUAUGUGCCAGGAAACUUUUACCCAGUUACGAUUGGUGAGGUCUUCGUGGACAGAUACCAAGUCGUAGCGAAACUUGGCUUUGGCAUGUCAUCUACAGUUUGGCUUUGUCGGGACCUUGUGGAUCAUCGAUAUCUAUCUCUCAAAGUAUGCAUCUCACACAACCGACAAAAUAAUGAGAUCGCCAUUUGCAACCAUCUCAAGGCGAGCAACAUCGAGCAUCCCGGAACACCAUUUGUUCGCAUGAUACUUGAUUCUUUCAACAUCACGGGCCCAACUGGAAACCAACACCAGUGCUUGCUUUACCAACCUCUUGGGAUGAGCUACACAGAAUUUCUUGACUUGUUUCCCGACAAGCAGAUGCCUCAGGCCCUGAUUCAGAGAAGCAUGCAGCUGAUACUCUUGGGGCUAGACUACUUACAUAAAGCCAAGGUUGUCCACACAGAUAUAUCUGCAAAUAACAUUCUCCAAGGGAUCACCGACCUUACAGACCUUUCUGAAAUUGAAGAUGUUGAGGCCAGCCAGUCAAUUGCUAGAAAGGUUCUUGAUGACCGAACGAUCUAUAUCUCGCGACCCAUGCCGAUAAACACGGGGUUACCUGUUCUCUGCGACUUCGGUGAAGCACGCAUUGGUGACAAGCACAAGGGUGAUGUCAUGCCAGGGAUUUACAGGGCUCCGGAGGUUAUCCUGGAUAUGGAGUGGGAUUCUAAAGUGGAUAUUUGGGCAGUCGCCCUCACAACCUGGGAUCUUCUUGAAACAGGAAACCUUUUUUUCGCAAGAAAAGACGGCCUCCUGAAUGAUGAACAGCACCUAGCCGAGAUGGUGUCACUUCUUGGGCCCCCGCCUCUCGAGUUCAUAAGACGAAGCGACAAGUGUCUUCAGUACUGGGAUGAAAACGCAAACUGGAAAGGAUCUAUUCCUAUCCCGGAGCAAUCUUUUGAGAUACGCGAGCGGAGCCUGCAAGGGGAUGUCCGUACUAUGUUUUUACAUUUCCUACGAUCGGCGCUUGCAUGGUUACCUGAAGAGAGGCUUCUAGCUGAAGAUCUAGCACGGCACGCAUUUCUUAUGCAGCCCCUACUUGCUGCAGGUGGUCUGAAACAGCACUGUUGA